GUGUGCCCGUGAACAGAAACAGGAAGAAUUUCCCAGCUGCACAUUCAGUCAUAUAGAUAGAUGGCCAUGAUUGAAUGGACAGAGAGAAGUGCAAAAGCAACACGGAUUCAUGCGCUGUUGUGCUGCUUCGCUGUCCUGUCAUUGGAAUGAAACUGAAACGUUAUCAUCAUUAUAUGUGGACUCCGGACGCACAUGCUGAAUUCUGACCCGACUUACCCUACAAGAGCAUGUUCAUCAACAUGCUUUCUCAUUCUCCUGUGGAGUAACCAAGACUGGUAUAGAAGAGGAAGCGUCGGUCUGGUAAUACUGUGGAUUUAUGCCAGUUUUCAUUUUAAAUAACCGAUUUGGAUUUAAUGAUUUCUUCUAUUUUAAUAUCCAUAAUAUUGACGCUCACAGCCUGCAGUCCGAAUUGGGCAAGUGUGAGGUGGCCAUGAGGAUGCUAUACAUCAUGGCUGACCAUCUGGAGUGUCUCAACUACACUUUGUACAGAAAUACGUCUUUAUCCAUACAUCACAAAACCCUAUAAACUGCCAAACAAGGGAAUAUAACCUUGGUAUCUCGCCAUCUUUGCAUCUCUUCCCCUCACUGCUUUCAAACCAAUGCUACAUUAUUUAUAUCAUGGGAUGCAUGAAAUCCAAGCACCGCGACCCCACUCAGAACUCCAGCUCAUCGGAGAAAGUGGAUGGCAAGCCAGGAAAGCAAGGAGAGAAAGCAGUUCUAGUUUUCUCAGAGAUUGGCUCCAUGGAGGACCCGGGAUGGGUCAAUCCGGUGCUGCUGGACUAUGCCCAGAGACUCUCAGUGGAAAUUGUGGCCCGGGCAGUACAACAAUGGGCUGAGGUGGACAGCCGGUACAGUGACAUCCCCUACAUUGAGUGUGAUGUGCCAUAACGUUUCAACUGGAUGAAAUAAGAUUGGAUUGACCUGGCUCACACCCCUCCUGUAUGUAAAGGAGAGCUUUCAGAUAGACAACUUCAGGCCAGUGGAGGAUCAUGUCAUUUUGGGAAGCUGUUCUUUUGAUCUCUGAAAACCUCUUUUUUUAUACCAAUUAAGGAUUCACAUUAAAUAUUCAGCCAUUUUUUGUUUUUACACAUUAAAAGUUAAAUUUAGGGUCCUGUUUUCGUAACUAAGAGCUGUUAUACCACAAGAC